CUCUUCGACAGUCUCUCGAAUCGUGGAGCAAUAAUUUGAGACAAUUUCGCGGCGGCACUCCGCUUAGUCGACGCAAAACGCUGCAACAACAAAGACGACGACGACUACACACAACAGAGAGCUAAAAGUAAAUAAAUAGCAAAGUUAAAAACAGUGUUAUGACACGCGUGGCGCACAAAACCAGCGAAUAAUAGUUGUGCAUAUAAUCGGUCAGACUCCAAAGAGCAUAUUUUACCAUCAUCUAAAGCUUUUUAUGGAGGAAGAAGCAUCAGCAAACUGCCGACAGCAAAAACAGCAGCAGAAACAGCAGCCACAACAACAAUAAACUUAUUAACAACACAAAAAGCUGUAGCAAGCAAAAGGCAACAACAAAAAGAAGGUUUUGCGGUUUAUACAAAUACAAAUACAAAUAUUUUGCUACAUUUUUACAAUAACAUCGCGUUGCGACAGCUAAAAGCACAAUUGAUUUAUUGUUGUUGUUACUGGGAGUCAAGAACAGCAGCAGCAGCAGCAGCAACAACAACAACAACAACACCCAUUUAGCACACUUAAAAAAAAGACAUUGCCAGCUGUUCGUUCGUUGCGGUAAAAAAAAAGCUCGUUCAUCGUUUUCGCGACACACAAGUAAAAGUGAAAAGCCCGGUCAACGUCCUGCUGCUUAAAUACAAAAGUGAGGUUAUGCACGUCAUCAUCCUGGCCGUUGUUGUCGGCAUCUGAAGGUGAGCGAAGGACACUCCGCUCGCACUGCCGCCGGCCUAACGUUGCCACAUAUAUACAUAAUUAAAUUGUCACGAGUGGACAGCCUUCGGACCAAAUAAAGUUGUUGUAGAUAACACACACAACUGAUAGAUAGAGCAACAGCAACAGCAACCCCCCGCCACCCAAUCUCCUGCGUCUUACACACACACACAAAGCAAUCAAUAUGCGUAUUUUCCCCGUUCGCCUCUCGGCCGUCUCGUCAUCGAUGUCGAGCCUGGCCAAAAUGUUGGAUUUCUAUUCGGGCUUUAAUCCGUCGCCGCUGUCAAUAAAACAGUUUAUGGAUUUUGGUCAAAAUGCAUGUGAAAAGAAGUCGUAUAUAUUUCUUCGGAAGGAGUUGCCCGUGCGCUUGGCGAAUAUCAUGAAGGAGAUCGCCUUGCUGCCCGAUAAUCUGCUGCACACGCGUUCCGUCAGCGAGGUGAGCUCGUGGUACGUAAAGAGCUUCGAGGAUGUGCUGGAAUUUGAGAACGCCGAACCCACUCACGAUAAUCUACAAAAAUUUGUGCACGAUUUGGAUCUCAUUAGGAAUCGACACAAUGAUGUGGUACAGACGAUGGCGCAGGGCGUCAUCGAGAUGAAGGAGAACGAAGGCGGUCAAGUGGAUGCGCCCACCGAAAGCUCCAUACAAUAUUUUCUCGAUCGUCUCUACAUGUCACGCAUCAGCAUUCGCAUGCUGAUCAAUCAGCACACGCUGCUCUUUGGCUCCAGUCCGCACUCGCUGGGCCGUCACAUUGGCUGCCUGGAUCCCGCCUGUGAUCUAUCAGAUGUGGUGCGCGAUGCGUAUGAGAAUGCCCGCUUCCUCUGUGAUCAAUACUAUCUGACGAGUCCCGCUCUCGAGAUACAGCAGUACAGCACCACGUCGGAUGAGCUAUUACCCAUACGCACCGUGUACGUGCCAUCGCAUUUGUAUCACAUGCUGUUCGAACUCUUCAAGAACUCCAUGCGUGCCGUUGUCGAGCAUCACAACCAUGACAAUUGCGAGACACUGCCGCCACUCAAGGUGGCCAUCUGCCGUGGCAAAGAAGACAUCUGCGUGAAGAUCUCCGAUCAGGGUGGCGGCAUUCCGCGUUCCCAGUCCGAUCAGCUCUUCAAGUACAUGUACAGCACAGCACCGCAGCCCACGAAGUCGGAUAUGAACACAGUGCCCUUGGCUGGCUAUGGUUACGGGUUGCCCAUCUCGCGGCUCUAUGCUCGCUACUUCCACGGUGACAUUGUGCUGCUCUCCUGCGAGGGUUUCGGCACUGAUGCCAUCAUCUACCUGAAGGCGCUUUCGGAUGAGGCCAACGAGUUGUUGCCCAUCUUCAACAAGACAAGCUCAAAGUUCUAUCGCGCCACCGUGCCCACCGGUGACUGGUCGAAUCAGGUAAAAUACGCUAAGAAGCCGAAGAAGACGAGCGCUGUUGUCCAAUAGUCCUCCUCCUCCCACCCCCCAAGCACGACGAAGUCGAAGGCUGUGUUAAGAGUCAGCCCAACCCCAGAAACCAACCCAACUAAUCCCAGCAUGGAUCCUGAUCCCCUCU